CACAUUCUCCAACAUGGCCGCCCCCAGCGAAUGUGGAAUCAAAGCAAGAUUUAGUUUUAGUAUUAUUGGAAUUUUAAUCGGUGUAUCCAUAUUUCUCACAUUUGGACUCCACUACAAGAACUGGAACGUGGCAUUGUGGGGUUUGCUAUCAGGUGUUGGAGCGUCCCUGGCUCUGUUCGUCCACAUCCAGUACACCAGGAAGGUAUGGCAGACAUUUCCAUACAGACUGAAGUACUGGAUGUUGUGCGGAUGCUUCAUCCAGCUGGCUGGGGUCUGUGGCUUUGUGGCCUAUAUCACACUGGCUGUCACCAUGGGCCAGGGUCUGAUUGUGUGGGGCAAUGGCUACUAUCUGACAUCAGUGUGGUGCUUCAUGACGUGGAAAUGGGGGUUCCUACUCUUCUACUUCUCCCGGUCAUAUAAACGAUUGUAUGGCGACAUCUACACCAUCCUCCCUCAAGAUCCCAAAGACAACAUCCAUGGCUACUACUCGGACAAUUGAACCAAGGGCCACAACUCUUCUACGUUACCAAAACAUGCUCAAGCUGCCCUUUUUACAACACAAUGAAGUGGAAACAGAUUCAGAUCAGUUAUUCUCAUAUCAAUGGCUGUCAUAUGUUUUUAUUAGUUCUUGCCAUAGAUAUUUAAAUUUGUCUACUUUUAUAUCUUUUGAUAAUAUUUGAUUCACAUCUUUACUUUUUUGCUGAUACAAUGUUUUAAGUCUCAAAUAAUCUAUAGAUUUUGUAUUGUCUUGUUUGCCAUCUAAACUAGAUAUUAGUACUUUGCCUUUUGCUUAUUUUCAUAAAGAUCACUAAAAGUCAAGAGAGUGUUCAAAUCAUUGACUGUACAACAUUUACUUUACAUGUUGUUAGUUUCAUGAGGGAUAGUUUAGACAUCCGAGAUUGAGUUUUAUUGUGAUGAUAUAAUGUCUUCCAUUUAAUGUUAUGAUGUGAGACUAUUGAGAUAGGUGAAUGAAAGAAAGCGGAAGAAGUUCUAUAAUUUAUGAAUACAGCUUUGUUUCCUCUGUAUGUAUUUGAUUUGUAACCCUAACACAUGUACAGUGUACGAGUGACGGGAUCGGGUGGUCAGGCUCGCUGACUUGGUUCAUGCAUGUCAUCGUAUCACAACUGCGCAUAUCGAUGCUCAUGAUGUUCAUCACUGGAUUGUCUGGUCCAGACUCAAUUAUUAUUAUAGCCCACUGUCACAUAUCUGGAAUAUUGCGGAGUGUGGUGCAAAACAACAAAUAAACAAACAAAACAAACAGGAGCCCUCAUAUUCCAAACAAACGCGGCCUGGAAUGCCCACAUGUAGGGCUGUUACAACCAACUCGUGUAUUUGGAAAAUCAAUUCAUGAAUUCAGUUUGUUAUUCAUGAUUAUUAGAAUCAAAUAUUUAUUAAUUUUGUCGGAAAAAUGUAUUUUACUUGAAUUUGUCUCUUAUUUAUCCAAGCAAGAUAGGCAAAAUGGAGGAUAUCAAAACCAGCCAGGAUAAUAGUAUAUAUUUAUUGUGACAGUAAUGUGCUCACUGAUCACUGUCGUGAAAGAUUUAACACUUUCACCAUGAUCAAAACAUGUCAGAUGGUAUAUUAUGUUAUUAUUUCACUGAAUGUUAUAGUGUAAACAUCAACUGGUGAUGAGGUAUGGUAUUCGGGAGAAAUAUACAUAUUGUUUACCCUAUAUUCUGUGAUAUGUAUAGUAUUAGCCUCAUAGUAGAGUCGUUCCACUCAAUCCGCAUGUUGACAAAGGGACAUUACUCUGUAACCACAAUUCAUUAACCUGGAAAUGUAUUAAUCCAGAAGGGGAUGGGUUUUCACUGUACAUACUAUGACAUGUUCCAUACAAAUUCAACCACUGAGAUAGGCCAUCUUGCUAAUUAUCCCUGGAGUGUGACAGUUACGGUCAAUCGAAAACCCUGCACAACUGUUUAACGCAAAUAUAAUCAGAGCUUUCGCAGCAUUGUCUUUUGGACAACAAGGGUUUCUUGUAAUCAUUUUUCCUGUCAAUUUUUACUGAAUUGUGUUAUCUUUUCAGUUUGAGACUGACCAUUUGAAUGAUUGUUUUCAUUUUAUCAAAAUUAAUGUCCAUGUGAACAUUGUCUUGACUGAAAAAAACUUUUGGGAGUAAUUCAUCAGUUUAUAGUGGGGUAAAUAUUUAUAUUUUUGUGAUAUCUUAUCUUCAGCUCUCUCCCUCACUCACCCACCCAAAGCCCAAUCACUCACUCACUCACUUGAGUGACUUUACACUUACAAGACUUGUACUUAACGUAAGAGGGAGUUGAUGUUUGUGGCAGCAGACCUUUCCUUCUGUCACUCUUCUGUCUGUGACGUCACUAAGAGGCCCAUGCCGACCUGGCAGCCAUAUUUUCAGGACUGUUGUUGAUUCCUACGAUAAAGUUCACCUAUUCCCAAAUGUUGUUAGUUGUUUUCACUUUCAGGUUGUGUUCAGUAUUUCUACAGGCCAGGCCAAUGUGUUGUUUGUUUUACAGAAUUGCCCAUAAUUGGCAUUCAUGGGCACAUGUUCCAAUUUACUGGCCAUUUGUUUGAAUGUUUACUUAAACUUGUGUCUAAGUGUUGUUUUUCUUAAUAAAUCACGAACAAACAAUGGCAACUUAUACCUGGCUUAUAGACACAAAAAAUCUGUAAACCCUCCAAAACACAUCUGGCCUUGGCUAACUGAAACAUGUAAUUGAUGGUCAUGUCAUUCCGGGGUGUGAGCUUGACAAAGGCAUAGGCAUAAUAGCACAAUAGUUUUAGUUACAAUUGUUAUGUUUUGUUAUAACAUUGUCUUUCAAUUUUCUCAUGAGAACUAUCUCAUGUGAAUGUUUUUUUACACUGAUACUCUAGUUAUGGUAUCUGAUGUAAGGUAUCAUUUUAGUGAUAUUGAUGAAAUUCAAGAUGGCUGCAUCCUUCAAGGUGUUAUCCAGGGACAAAAUCCUAUUAAUGAUAAAUUGAGUCAAUAGCUCUAUAUAUAUUGCAAAGAGUAUUUUCAAAUUUUCUUUACUUUGUUUUAUAUCGUAUAUAUGUUUGUGAGAUAUUUUGUUACCAACAAAGGAAGUUGCAGGAACACACCAAGAUUGUGUUUGUUUCUAAUUUACUGCCAAUAGCAUGGCCGCUACAGGAGCUACUUCAUGUCCUCUUGCAAUGUCGGGAUUGCCGGUUCCUUGCAAUGGAACUAUGCCCCUGUGGUGAAACUAGAAAACAAAAGUGUAGAAGCUCUGACGUUUGGAAAAUAUAGAAUGGGUGAAAAACAUGACACGCUCCAUGUCCAUUGUUUUGAUAGAAUAUGGAAGAAAAUGGCAUAAUUAUUGUGAUGGGUUCAAACACACUAAUGUAUCGAUGAAUCACAUCUACGUAAUACACGGAACACCUACCUAUGUAGCAAUUCAUUUUCUAAUUCUAUAUUGUUUUACAAAAUGUGAUAUUUACAAAUUGUUUGAUCAGCAUUCUAGAAGCUCGCGAGUCAAAAAUGAUAUUUACAGUUUCACAAUUUUGCUACCUACUCACACAAGCCUUAUUGCCUAUGUUGGUAUCUCUCACCUAAAUAUUAUACAUUAUUUUGUUUGCUUCCAUGAAUGUAAUACUUAAACUAAGGAAUGUUUAGGCUUUGAAUGCCACUCUUAAUUUCUCUUCUCUUUAAAUUCAAUAUUACCAGAAUGUAGGAUUUACUGAAUAACAUAAAUAAUAAGAUGAAGAGCUGCAGCAUUCUUUUGGUUUUAUCAUGUGAAUGAAUGAAUGAAUGAAUGAAUAAAUGAAUGAAUGAAUGAAUUCACCGCUUGUGUAAAAUGAUGUAAUCCUCUGCUAGCUUUCUAAAGGUGACAUGUUAUGGUAUCAGUGUUUUCUUGUUUGUAUUUUUAGAAACUUUUGCUCAGUGGUGUGCUUAAGUCUUUUGCUGAUUGAUACACAUUUGCUUUGAUGUGAGUCCCUAGUUAUAUAUUUAUUUUGUGUUCUAUAUGCUUUUACGUUAUAUUGGUUUCUUAUUUAAUAUGACAAGUUUCUUUGAAUUGCAUUUCUAAAUGUAAAAAUGAAACAAACGUUGUUGAUGGACAGACAGUUAUUAAUUUUCUGUCUAAAGAAGUGAGUAAAAGCAACCAUGAAGAGGCAUUUAUCAAGUGAGCUGUUUGUUUGAUCAGUGAAAUUAUGUGAUCAAUUUCUGAAAUGAAGAUAUAAUCAGAAAUAUUUAUUUAAUUGAUUUAUGAUAAUCAAAUAAUUUGUAAGCAUGUGAAUGAGGCAUUCCUCCAUCUGAUGGCUGUGUUAAUGUGUGUAGUAGAUAUUUUGCUAUAUUUUGCUUACUGCUUACAUUGAGCUAAUUCAUAAUUUUCAAUUCUAGGUAGAACUGCAAAAUGUUGAACACUUUGUAAGUUGUAUGAAGUUGUAUGUCUUAAGUGAAUAAUCUUAAUACUGCAUUGUCCUUUAAUGUUAGCUGCAACAAUUAUUAUCAUUUUCAUGUGGCAAGGAGUUGUCUCCCUUGCACCACACAGGUUAACUUGUGUUUUAAAGUAAAUGUAAGUUAUACCUCUGUGACCGAGUGAAAUGGUGUUGUGAUGUUCUGGCUGUUGUGACUGUAACUUGAAGGGACCAAAUGGCUGAUUGUCUGUAUGACUGAUAUUCACUUACCAUUUAUUAAUAGCCUAAUAUUAAUGGCACCAUUCAUUUAAUAUUCAAGAGUGUGUGUUAUAUUUCUCUGUUGUAGUUUACAGUCAAAGGUGUGAAAUGUUCUAUGUUUUACUAUGUGCUGUGAUGAAGACUGUAAGAUAAACUGUUAUUCAAAUUUGUGAAAACUGAGCUUGCUUUCCUCAUUCCUUGAAUGACAGAGAAAGUAUUUAUGUGACCAAUCAGGAAGCAAUUGUAUCAGAGGAACAUCAUUUAAUUAUUUGCCCAUGUUGUUUAUUUGUACACAGAUAUAUGCAAUAGGUGUCUCACCGUGGGCUGUGUGUCUUCAUUCCAUAUUCAACUGUUUGCAAAAGGUGGGAUGCAUUUUGUGAUUUGAUAAUUUAUGUUGAGUCACUUAUGUUAAACCUGUAUCACCUAACGAAGCAGUUAUUGUGUUGACAUUGUGAUUGCGUUUAGUAAAACCCAUCAGCUGUAAGUCUUCUGAGUGUUGAGGAUGCACAAAGAUGGUGGAGGAUUCAACCUGGAAGAACAUUCUGAGCUGAUACUUCUUUGUGUUAUUGCCAGACAUACAUUUUCAAUGUUCAUAACUCAGGCACAUUUUAGCUAUCAUUACAUCAUUAUUAUCAGUUUGGAAACUUUGAGUUAUGAUAUUUCUACAACACAGAGACAAUGCCUGUGUCUUGCAUGUGACACAGAAACAAUGCCCCUGUCUUGCAUGUGACACAGAGACAAUGCCUGUGUCUUGCAUGUGACACAGA